CCUGUUUGUUGUUUGUUAUUUUUAAAUUCCGGGAACCGCAAAUCGUCAAAGAUUAUUAAUAAUUAAUAUAAAAGGAGAUUUCAUUCUACAUUAUUGAACUUUUAACGAGGAAUGCAAUAAUUUCUGCUCAAAUGACAUCCAAAGCCCAGAGGCAAACAGUGCUGUAAAAAUUAACAUAAACUUCGUCUGGAUCGGUUGCUGAAUUAAAAUGGAUUUAUCAGUCAACUGCCAGCCACUGUUGCAAAAGAACGACAGCGACGACUCUGACACUGAGCAAAGUGGAUCAUCGGAUAUUCAAAAUGCUGAUAUCAUUAAUGAUACGGAAAACGAAGGCCCCAAAAGUUCUGAAGGGCUCGUAAAAUUCGGAAACCCAGGGGAUAGAUUCAACAUAGCCUUUUUAAUAUUUUACCUACUGGGAAUGACAACAUUACUACCCUGGAACUUUUUCAUCACUGCAGACAAUUACUGGAUGUAUAAAUUUCGGGAUGUUCCAUCUAACACAUCUCUUCAUGGUAGAUCAGUUCUACAAGCCGAGUUUACAUCUUACUUGAGUCUGGCAUCCAACGUCCCUAACACCCUCUUUAUGAUACUGGGCGCCCUUUAUGGACACCGCAUCCCUCUGAAACUCAGAAUGAUCGGUAGUCUGCUUUUUAUCUUGGCACUCUUUAUCCUGACCACAUCUUUAGUGCAUGUCGACACAGAUUCAUGGCAGCAAGAUUUCUUCAUCUUAACCCUCACAACAGUCGUUGUUCUCAACGUGGGCACUGCGGUAAUGAAUCUUGGUCUCUACGGGAUUGUUGGCUGCUUCCCCCACAGAUACAUAACAGCGGUUGUUGGUGGCCAAGCCCUCGGAGGCGUUUUUGCAGCUUUGGCCAACAUUGGAUCAAUUUGGCUUGGUGCCUCACCCCAGUCGAGCGCGUUGGUGUAUUUUCUUGUUGCUGACGUAGUGCUCCUGGCAUCUCUUGUGGCGUAUAUUGCACUAGCCUCAACUUCUUUCUUCAAAUUUUACAUGGGACUUAGGUUACGGCCAGCACCCUACAGUCCUUCAGAUGAUGAUGACUCCGGUUUAGUUGCUCAAAAUAUCUCCUUUGUUAGCAUAUUUAAGAGGAUAUGGGUUCACUGCAUAAGCAUUUUGAUGGUCUUUGUGGUCACAAUUGGCGCCUUUCCUGCAGUAACCGUGCUGAUAAAUUCUGUGAAUAAAUCAAACAAGACUCCGUGGAAUGAUGUUUAUUUCGUUCCUGUUGUUGGGUACCUGCUUUUCAGUAUCUGCGACUACUCGGGACGGUUGCUCGCAGGCUGGUGGCGUAGGCCAAGGAACAGCAAGUGGAUUCUGUUUACAAUGAGCAUCCUGAGGAUUGUGUUUAUCCCGUUGUUCAUAUUUUGCAACGCCCAGCCCCGGAAAUCUCUUCCCGUGCUGAUCGACAGUGAUGCUUAUUAUAUAUUGAUUAUGAUAGCGUUUGCUGUAUCAAAUGGUUAUCUGGCCAACAUCACGUUCAUCAAUGUGCCAAGCCUGAUGAGCCACGCUGAAAUUGAAUCAGCCUCUCAAAUUAUGACUGCGUGGCUAAGCUUGGGCACGUCUAUUGGAUCUGGCUUGAGUUUGCUGCUGAUUCGACUCUUAUAAUGGCUGUGAAAUGAAAAGUAAUUCUCCACUUUACCCGAAGCCCAAUAUUGAGAUUGCUAAUUUGAUUUAAUUACUUACAAUUAUAAUUCAAAUUAAAUGACUAUAAGACUGGUAGUAAAAAAAUCUUACUGACUAGCGUUACAAGAAAAUGACAAGUUGACAAAAUAGUAUAUUUCUUUUACACUCUAUCAAUUUUUUAUUGUCGUACUCAAUUAACAAAAUUAUUAUGCAUUUUACUUUUAUGGAACGAACUGCCUGAAAUGUAUUGUUUUGCAAUUCAAUAAAAUAGCCCUUACCCUUACUAACUCA